AGGAACAUUCGGGGAGGAGUACAGAGGAUUUUCACAAAGCUCACAAUCUGAAUGCCCUGCUGAAACAGUCUGCAGCAAUGGAUUCGCCAAACUUUUCCAUGCUGUCAUCAUUAAGAGGAGACUGUAAAUCAGAGGAUUACAUCCAACCCCACUAUAAGGAGUCAUAUCGCCUGGCCAUUGAUCGCCUGGUGAGUGACGGCAGAGACAGUUACCAGGACUUCCUUAAGGAAGAACGAACAGGGGCUUUCCUCUCUGAGGACGAACUUCUCUUCAUCAUUAAAAACGCAGAACAGCUCCCACUUCAAACUCAAGCAGAGGAAAUCAAUGGUUCACCUGACAACCAAUCAUCCUCAGGGACAUACUGGCCCACACACUCGGAUGUGGAAACACCGGAUUUGGACUUAGGGUGGCCAGAGGUCAUGCAUGAAAAACUACAGACAAAUAUAGAUCUGCUCUUUCACCCUCCAAGACCAAACAACCCUACUAUCAAAGAGGUGAUCCGGAAGCAUAUUCAGGAUGCGAGACAGGUCAUUGCCAUUGUGAUGGACACAUUUACUGAUGUGGAUAUAUUCAAAGAAAUUGUUGAUGCCUCUAUACGAGGAGUCCCAGUAUAUGUGCUUCUGGAUCAUUUUCAUCUGAAACAUUUCCUCAACAUGGCUGAAAAUCAAGAUGUAAAAAUUCACCAACUCAGGAACAUGAGGGUGCGCACAGUGAAAGGUCAAGAUUACCUCUGUCGAUCAGGAGCAAAAUUUCAUGGAGCGAUGGAGCAGAGGUUCCUUCUAGUCGACUGCCACACAGCGAUUUAUGGCUCAUACAGCUUUGCUUGGUCCUUUGAGAAGAUCAAUCUGAGUAUGGUGCAGGUCAUUACAGGUCAUCUGGUGAAAUCGUACGAUGAGGAGUUUCGAAUACUCUAUGCCCGGUCAACUGCACCAGCUGAACUGUGCCCCCCGGAGGGUUUGUUCCAACACAAUGGACCACAACAGAUUUUACCAAAAUCUCAUUCUGCCCACAAAAUCGAGCGGAGGGACCAGUUGAGGCACACACUAGACACAGUCUAUCGGAAGACUUGUGAGAGGAACCUGGGCAGGAGAGACCUUGAAGAGAGACUGUUUGAAGAGGAGCGUCACAAUCUCAGACCCUUUAUUGAGAAUGGUAUCAAUGCUCAGGACCGGAUGUCACAGUUACAAUCUACAGAAGCAAUGAACUUCCUGAAAAGGCACAGCUACGCAGGGGAGAGACAAGAUGGAUAUAUGCCAGAGAAUAUCCCGGCCCGAUCGAGCAAUUGGAAUAUCUCCAGAGAAACAGGAAAUGGAGCAAAUAACUAUCUGAUGGACAAUUGCUUACAAGUGCCACAGAUGUACAGAGGUCAAAACCUGCGUCAGUCUUACAAUGGCAAUGACAAACAGGUUCUAAACAUGCAGCAGAACAUGCCAACACUAGAGAAAACAGCCAAGUCCUUCCUGCGCACAUGGAGGAUUGAGUCUUACCUCAAAAACUCUGACAUCCCAUUUGGAGACUCUUGUGACUAUUUAGACCAGUUUGAACUGAUGGACAGGGGGAGGAUGAGGCCUUCCCCUGCUUUCAGGUCCCACAUCCCAGAACAAAUGGAGCCUAACAGACACAUAAACAACACUUCCACAGGUAUUGGCUCUUCAGCAGCACUUUUGCACUACUCAUCAAUGCAGUGGCAUCCUACACAAGCCCCUGAGAAUAGAAUUAAUCAUGAGUUCAUUUUAAAGCAGCAGAGUUUACAGACUUUGGACAGCAGUCAUAAUAAUGCAAGCUGUGGUCCAGGGAGAAACUCUUACCACUCCACAUAUGCCAGCCUCGGCAGAGCUAAAGGUGGACAGAUCAUCACAAACCCUGACAUCUUUGCAGACAGUUGGCACAAAAGGCAUAGUGUGGCGGAUUCGAGAUCAAACAUUGAGUACAAAUAUGAAUCCUCAGGUCAUGUGUAUGGAGCGUUUAGAAAGAUGCACAGCAUAAACAGAAGCACAGCAGGGAUCAGUGCACAGAAUGGAGGAUAUGUGUCAAAUCUGAAUGAAGACCAGAGAUCUGUCUCUCAUCAUGAUGUCAAGAGUAUCACAGGCACCAAGAGCUCCAAUACUCCUAAAUGGCAGGAGCCGCUGACCAGGACUGUGUCUGCAGCAGCGGUGGAUGUGACAGCUAAACACAACAGUGUGGGCUCCCAGCACUCUCUAAAGAAGGCUUCCAACAAAAUAAAAUCUUUACUGAACAUACCAGAGAGAAAAGAAGAUUCGAUGGGAAGUGUGGAAACAUCGAGUCUCAAGUCAGGUGGUAGUACAGACACCUUAACAGCUGAGGAUGAGGUGAAAACAUCAGGUGGAAGUGGAAAAUUUUAUGAAAGCAUGACUGACUCAGUCAGGUCCUUCUCAGAGCACAAUGAUCUAAACUCUUCAAAGCCUCGAUUCAAGACUGAGGAGCAACAGCAGCCACCAGAGAUAUCUCGCCACAAAACUACCACAAAGAAGAAACCUGCCAUUUUUGUCAAAACUGAAAAAACCAGCCUCGACACAGGAAGCUGGGUCAAAGAUCGCGGUGCAGAGAAUCGCAUAUACAGCAGAUUUGAGCCGUUCCAUUCAUUGGAAAAGAAACACUUUCUGCGCUCUACACAAAGCUUUGGAAACACACAGUCUCAAGAGAAAAGCAAAGGGCUUCCUAAAGUGGAGGCAGCUACUGAGCACAGCCCCGCUCGGCCUGCACGAGGGCACCAUGAAAAUAAGCUGGAAAAAUUCUUUCAAAGAAUGGGAAAUCUCAUACACAAGAACAAGUAA